AUGCAAAUAUCUCGACCACGAUCGACGUAUAAACGCGCCAACACCUCAGAAACUGCAUCUGACUCGACUUUGGGCACCGAGUUGCUAUUUGUUGACACCACAGUUUCAAACUUCAAGUCCGGGUUUUCAGCUACAAUCGAACCUGAAGCCCUGCUCCUUGAUUCUUCCAAGAACCCAGUCCGCUCCGAGGCAGAACAUGAGGGCCGAUGGGAACUGUCCAUUCUCAGAGGUUGGCCUCGGCUGCAUGGUUGGAGAGCAGGCGCUCUCAUCGCCGCCGUUUUUGCCUUAAUAUCGUUGCUGAUCAACGUCGUCGCCCUAAUAUGGUUGUCUACACGUAAAAAGCGGAAUGGCAUUGUUGAGCUUUAUAACGGAAGUUGCGGCAAAGCCGAGAGCAUGGAUCUCUGGGUCCAUAUUGCAAUCAACGCACUUAGUACCCUCCUUCUCGGGGGUUCCAACUAUUGCAUGCAAUGCCUAUCCUCCCCAACGAGAAAGGAUGUUGACACUGCUCAUGCCAAGGGGAAUUGGCUUGACAUUGGAGUACCCAGCAUUCGGAAUCUUCUCAGUAUCCCCACUUACAAGUUGGUGUUGUGGUUGGUGCUGGGAUUUUCUUCCGUGCCGUUACACCUCAUGUAUAACUCCGCAUUUUACAAAUCACUGACGACCAACGAUUACAAUGUCUACAUCGUCAGCCAGGACUUUGUAGAUGGUUCUGCCUUCAACAUGACCGAGAACGCAUCACCACAUCUACCCUAUGCACGUCAACACGACUUUAAAAUCGAUAUAGCCGGAAUUCAAAACGGUACCAAGACCCCCGGGUUGUACGAGCAGCUCCAAAAGGCCGACUGUAUCCGCGCUUAUGCAACCGAUUUUGUCACAAACCGGCGGAAUCUGCUAAUGGUCACCAAGCAUGACCCCUCUGUCACCACUCUCUUUGACAUUAUACCUUACACCUUUUCAGUAUUUGAUGACCUAUACACAUGGAUUUGCAUGUCUGACGAUGCCAUGUUUGCCGAAAUUGAGGCCGCCUUCCCCAAUCAGCCCAUCGGUGCGGUUUGCGCAAAGCGCAUCUCAAAAAUGGUGGCUCUGGCGGACCAGUGGAGACCAUAUGGUCAUGAUGUCCAGUACUGCCUCAGCGAGCGAGUUCCCGAAUCGUGCAGCUACAGCGCCAACAUCCCGAUCGUGGCAGCCGUUAUUGUUGCCAACCUUGUCAAGGUGCUAGUGAUGACUUUUGUCGCUUUCUGGCUGAGAGAUGACCCAUUCAUCACCAUUGGCGAUGCGGUUGAAUCUUUCCUCAACCGCCCGGACCGCACCACCGAAGGCCUGUGUUUGCUCACCAAAGAUGAUGUUAGGAGACUCUCUCGUAUGCACAAGGGCUGGAACGAUGAAUCGAUUAGCAGAGAGGCGAAAGUUGCGCGGCUUCGCCCUGUACGCUGGGCAAAGUCUGCUAGCCGUACCCGCUGGGCCCUGACGAUAGUAGGUAUUCUGGUGCCACUGUUCGUUGGUGUUGGGGUCCCACUAGGUUUUGCAAUCGUAAAUGUCAGAAAAAGCGGCUUUACUAUUCAAGACGUCGGCUUUGGCAAAGUCAGUGCUGUUGGAGUCAUCAAAGGCUGGUACAUUGGCUGGUCGGGCAAUCCCGCCCACGAUGUCUCUCUGAUGGUCUUGAUCGCAAACUUGCCCCAGACAAUCUUCUCGUUCCUGUACCUCAACCUCAAUGGCCUUCUCACCAGCAUGUGGCUGGCAUCGGAAUGGAGCGGCUUCGCAACAGAGCGCAAGCCCUUGCGUGUUUCGAAGCCUAAGGGCGCACAGAGGAGCACCCAUUUCUUACAACUGCCAUACAAGAUUGCCCUGCCGAUGAUGAUCGUGGCAGGGUUCCUGCACUGGAUGAUUUCGCAGGCGCUUUUCCUGGUCGUGGUGAGACAAUAUAAUGCUACCGGAACCCUUUACAGUCCGAUAGCUGUGGUAUCUUGUGGAUUUUCGCCGAUAGCAAUGAUUGUUGUGAUGGUUGCUGGAGCCGCGAUCAUCAUCGCCACAAUCGUACUUGGUUGUGCUCGCCACUACAAUCCGAUGAUGCCUUUGGCUGGCAGUUGCAGUGCCGCCAUUUCCGCUGCAUGCCAUCAGCCGGACUGGGACGACAACGCGGCCGUGAAAGCCGUCCAGUGGGGAGUGGUACCGGACACUAUUGUCGGACCCCAUGCGGUCGGUCAUUGCUCCUUUACCAGUGGAAUAGUAUCACCUAUACAGGACGGUCAAAAAUAUGCGGGUUUGACAAUGAAACGGAGGAAUGGGCGACGCUCGAAAGGGCCAAGCGUCUUCGCCGAGGGCUUGAGGGCUUUCCGCUUCAAGACAAAACAAUCAGCAUAG